AUUUACAAUAAUAAAAUGUUUUUUUUUACUUUCUCACUUCUGGUAUUGUGAGUUUAGUUAAGUGUUUAUAAUUUAUUUCAUCGAACAAAUACGUUGAAGCACUUUUUUUGUUAAAUGAAUAUUAAACAUUUAACCAAAACGGAAGAAAUGGCCAUCAUUAGCUGAACAUUUAAAAAAACAUAAUUACCUACCGAAAAUUAUAAUUUUGACAGAUGUGCUUAACUUUCAACCCACUGCACGUAUACACGCGGCUUUAUCAUUUUGACAGCUUUCAGAAAAACAUAUGAAUUUCAUGUAUAUGUAGCCAGAAGUCGAAAGGGUAGGACGGUGGGCAACUUCGCUGCGGAUGAAUUCUAACCCCUUCCGUACCGUGUGAGCCAGCUGGUCGCAUCCCGAACAAUUGGCUGCUCCAAUGAGGGGAAGAUAAAACCAGUGCCCAUUAUACGAUGACCACCUAGUGCGAUUCCUAUGCGAUAGAUGCAUUAAGGCAGAGCAAGCGAGAGAGUGUGUGAGGCCAACGGAGCUAGCGAUCCGUACAACCACACGGGAACGCUGGUGUGAAAGUGGGCAAGGCAAACACGGAUGGGCGAGUUUUAGUUUUUGUUGUUGUUUUUGUCGUUUCUACUGGAUCUUACUGCUGAAGCUCCAAAAAGGAAAGCUGCGCAGCGCAAACCUGGAUCGUUCAUCCUUCCCUGCAAAGCGCCAUACAUUCCAGUGCCCUAAUUAGUAAGUCGUCGAAUCGACAACAAAAAAACCAACCGAGUGAAUGUUCUGAAAUCAGGAUGCGGUUCAACAAACAAGAACUGAUCACACUAGCGACGCAACCGAGCAACAAGUUCGAAAAGGAAGGCCCGCUACACGUAACGGAAAAGCAAGAAGGUUUCUUCCGCAAAACCGAAGAUGAAUCACAAAAGCCCACGAACGGUCGGCUAGGCCGUAAGGGUUUAUUAAAGCGUCAAACGCCAUUCAGUUGCAUCGGUAGUGGAUCAAAUCAAGUAAGCCUCGAAAGGUGGUGUCGGCUGCGUGGAAACUUACUGUUCUACUUUAAAUCGAGUGAUCCAUUUUCUGAACCGCAAGGAUGCAUAGUGCUUGAAAAGUACAAGUGCAUUACACCUAGCGCCGAGCAGCAGGAGUAUGAUGGUUACGUAUUUUAUUUAGAAUUUAAUGAUGGUUUAAGACAACGAUUUGCUGCCAACACACAACAGGAACGCUUCGAGUGGAUGCAAGCGAUUGGGCUGGCGGAGUACGACAUCAAGCGAGCGCAGCUCAAAUAUUUGCGGGAACAGAUCGAUCGUCAUCGCGGCACUAUUCACGAUGUUGACAUCGAUAUGUUGCGUUUGCAAACGGGGAAAGAGAUUGAUUUAAACGAAAUACCCAUCUGCGAAUCUGUAAUCUCGUGCGAUAAUCUGCUGUGCGAUGGUAAUGGUAAGCCUCCGAACCCGUCCGUUGUGGUGCAGGUCACGUCGAACAAUCGUUCGUCGGGCUGGAUCAAGUACGGCCGGACGGAGGUGAUCGAGCGUAGCUCCAACCCGCAGUUCAUCUGCACCAUUGCCUUUCGGACGUGUGACGGGUUGCACAGUGAGUCGCUGAUACGCUUCACCGCGUAUGACGUGCGGGAGAAGGUAACACAAACGGCCGUUCCGAUUGGGUGGGCCGAAAUAUCGCUCGGCGUGAUAGCGGAUACGUCACGGCUGCGGAUACCGUUGCGUACACAGGCGUGCGGUGAGAAUGCUGGCUUUCUGACGAUUGCAACCUGUACACCCGAUAUGGAACGACGGAACAAUCCACGUUCACCAAUGAAAUCGGGCCUGUUUUCCGGCUUACCGAUCGGUGAAAAUGUGCCGCACCAAAAUCAGCUACAGCAGCAGCACCAGCACCAACCGUUAGGUCAUCGACGCUCACAAUCGCUACCACCAAAGCUCGGCAUAAAGCUUUUCAUUCCACCUCCGUCGAAGAUUGGGCUGGUCUUUACGAAUCCAAGUAUUCACACCUACCGGCUCCAUUCCGGGCUUGGCGGUGACAUUAGCGUGCUGGAGGUCAUGCUCGAAAGCUACCUUUGCUACAUCAUCCCCCAGCAGCUGCUGUCCGUGUGGAUCGCGCGCGAGAAGGAACUGCUGCAGGAAAUCUCCGGCAUGGGUGAGCUUGGGGGCGAGUGGCGCCAGAAGCAGAUGGAGCUGCUCGACAAGCACCUGAAGCUGCUGAAGGAUUACUCCCAGGCGAAACAGUACCUGCACCAACAGCAACAGCGCGGCCGAUCCUUCAAACCUAGCUGCCGAAAGGGUGAUGAAACGCUCGAGUUCGCCCCGGUCAAUCUGCACCUGCAGCGCAUGUGGGCCCACAACGAUACGCUCAAACGUGCUGGUAUACUGGACGUCAUCACGGUCGGUGCGUUUACACGCCAUUCGGGCAAAUCGAAAACCGGUGGCCUUAUCAAGCUGCUGCACCACGUCAAAGAGUCGCCGUCGAAGAGCGAAGGGCAGCACAAGGUGGCCGCCGCAAACGAUGCGGUACAGGCGAUCAAGCAGCUGCGCAAGGAAAUCGUGGAAAUUAUGUCACAGCUACUAUAUCUGGCAAAGUCGAAAAACCCGAAAGGCAUGCUACCACUCUGCAACGAGAUGAUGACGAAAACGCGCGCCCUGCUAAACAUUUGGGAACCGAGCCUGGUCGAGGAAGCGUUCGCAUUUAUCGAGCGACAUCGCAUCAUCGACGACACGACCGUUAAUGCGGCUGCUGGCGAGGGUGAUGCAGGUCAUCGGGAGGGUGGAGGACUGUCGGUUGGUGGCGGUACCUCAGCAAUGUCACCGUUUAAGAAGAUCACCCAGCAGCUCGGUGCGUUGGAUCUGAAAUCGCCCGAGCUGGAAGAUUUUUCCACACCGAUGGGACCGGCACCGGACCUUUGGCCUCAGAUACGCACCAGCAAAUCCGGUACGCUUAGUGUGCCGAAGGCGAAGAUGGUACCAUCCCCUUCUUCGUUUGAGCUUGGGGAUGCGAUCGCUACGAUACAGAGCAGCUUUAAUCAGUUGCAGCAGGAAGGUUUGGUACAGGAGGGAGGUGACCCGCACAGUAUGACGUACUCGUUACCAAGCCCGUGCUAUCUACCGACCGAGCAACCAUCCACUUCCAAGGCAACGAAAUCGUGUGGUGUGUCCGGUGGUGAGGUGAACGUCACGUUCAGUGAAACACAUUUCGACAUCAAUGGUGAGGUAACACCAAGCCCGGUACUCCAGCCAGCCCCGUCGAAACCAAGCGCUUCCGAUCACGCCACCACGCUGGGAAGUUUGCCGAAUAUGGGAUCAUCCACGCUAACGGCAAAUCAAUUGUUGGAGAACAAAAACGAACUGCUGUCGAACGUGUACGACGAACAGGGCUAUCUGAUCGAGAAUACUGCCAUCGUACUCGGCCACAAUGGUGCGUUUCUCGAUACGAAAGUGAUGAGCUCGAGCCCGUCGGCCAACUAUUACCGGCCGACGGAGGAACCAGAACCGCUAGAUCUAACGCAGCUCAACAUCGAGGCGAGCGUGAUGUGUCUCGUCUCGAAGGUGAAGUUUCUGUGCGGUCGAUGCGGUAGCCCGGCAGUACGGUUGCGACAGCCCAAAGGUGGACCGCUCGGUGCUAUGCAACGACCGACCAGCAUCGAAACGCUGCAAACGUACGUUGUUACGAGUCAACCGCUAUCGUUACCGCACGCUAGCGCUGGUACCGAACCGGACACAAAAGCCAUCGCACCCAGCGUCGAGGUACCGCGGGAAGAGAUAACACAGCAAACGCCCGGUAACGAAAGCCCAACCAAACCGAACAUUAGCGAUGUGGCGAUGUGUGGUGGUAUUGAGAUGAAACCGACCACGCCCCAUCUAAGCAAUAGCAAGGACCUUAAUCUGGCCCUUACGCAGGCAGUCGGUGAGGUGGCCCGGAAGGUAAAGAAGGGUAACAAGUUUACGGACGGGUUGGAUCUUUCGGCCACCACCGAUUGGGCACUCGAGUUGCGACCCUCGAUGAAGAAGCUGCGCCAGGCGAUGGAUGGGCUGUUGAAAACCGCCCGCCUAAUGCAUUCGGUACAGCGACUGCAGCAGGAUAUGAAGAAAACGAGCGCCACGCUUGCGAUCAUGUAUCGGCGCGAUGUGUGCUUCUCCCAGGCACUCACCUCCCUCGUCGCUGGCUUGAUGGCGAAGCUCUGGGGUCAAAAUGUGACGGAAAACUUCAUCAACCUACUGGUCCAUCUCGGUCCGCUCGCUUACUUCGAAGGGUUGCUUUCACUGUACGGCAACGAAACGGACAUGUGGGGUGACAUGAGUGUGGCAGUGGAAGAUCUUGCCACCGUUGGGUUUACGCUCGUACGUAGCAAUCUGCACCGUGACACGAAGGGUGCCAUCCCCGUACCACGUGUGACCGGUUCGAGGCAAGCGUUGCGUGUGUUGCUCCCGGUACCGGAGUCGGUAUUUUGCCAUCUACCCACAAAAGAAGCGGUUAGCUUUCGCGUAACGCCCGUCUUCUUUAACAUCGGCAUCAACGAGAAGGCAACCGUAGCGGAAACGCUUGGUUUUACGCGCGAACAACAUCGCUCGAACUGGGACAAUUACGACCGGUUGAAGCAGUACCACAGCCGCUACCGUAAGGUGCCGUUUAACUUUGUCAAUCCGAAUUGUUCCGCUAGCCAGGAUACACCGACGAAGGUGGGUGCGUAUACCACGCCCCAGAAGGAGCUGCUAGUGCCGGACCAUACGGUUGCAAAGUUUCUGGACGACAUGGAGGCGGAACUGCGUGCGAAUGGGUCGAAAAAUUACGCCAUACUGCAGCUGGCGGAGGAGAUAACGCGCGCUGUUCAAGGGUUACGGUUUACAUCGUGCAAAAGCGCCAAGGAUCGCACCUCAAUGGCGGUUACGCUCGAGCAGUGUCGGGUGUUGCAGCAGGAGUUUCAUCUGUCCGCGGGCAAUGCACAAAAUGUGCUUAAUACGAUGCGCAGCGAGGGAACCCGAUCGGAUAAUACGAUGAAAAACGUAGGCACACGGAAGUACGCGUUCAACAUGCCACAAGUGCUGUCGCUGCCAGCUGUUUAUCGUCCUCCAGCCGGUACUUAUGGAAAGGCUCAAACUUAGUUCACCUUCAUAAGUAAAUAGGGCUAGCAGAAUUCUGAAACCUUACCUUACUAUUAACCUAUAGAUGCGUCAAACGUAUAAGUGAAUAAGUUUGUUGUUUCGUGUUUUUUUUUAUUUAAUCUCUUUUUAAUGCGUUUUGUUAACAACAGUUUAUUGCGUUCGUUUGUUUUCUUUCGGGCCAACCGGGCACAGAUCACAUUGUAAGGUGUCACGGUUUAGUUUUUUUUUUAUUAUUUAGAACAAUUUAUCGUGUAGCCAACAAAAGUAUGUGAAACUCAUUAUUUAAAGCAAAACAAACAAUACUUAAAAACAUAACAUUAAUACUACUUUUAUUUCCAUCAGUGAAUGUAGCAUUUAUAUUUGUUUUUUUUUGUGUAACGAUUUACAGUGUAAUGUGUUAGUUAUUAUUAGUUACAAAAAAGCAUUAGUUUAUCAUCAAGGAUUACAAUGAUAAAUGUAUAACGGGAAGCAGGAUACAAAGAAGAACAUGAGGCGGUUCGAGAAGGAUAAAAUUGAGCUUUACGAUAAUAGUCUGCAUAACGAAUAUGAACCCUAAAUAUGCCGGAAUGUCUACAGGAAGUAGUGUUGAAUCUUCCCUAUUAGUAACAAACGCAUAAUUACACCGUUAGAGCGAUAAGAGGCUAAAGGCUAAGGCUGACUGGCAAAAAAUAACAAAUCCAGCAAAAAACUGUCAUUGAGAUUCAUGCACAUUUCUUCAUGGGCAACAUAAGCGGGGUAAAAUUUCCAAAUACGAUUUAUCCUUUUGGAGUUAUAAAAAGCGGUUCGAGAGGAAUUCACAAUGCUUCCAUGAGAGCACGCGAAGAGAAACGAGCGCUGUUCGGGAUGUUAAGUUAUACGUUACGUGUCUGUCUGCCUAUUGUGCGUCUAACCGUCUAAAUACUCACCGGAACGAUUCAGUAAUGUAUUGUCCAUUUCACAAUCGAUACAUAUUCGAAGUUUAUUGCUUAUUACAAUGAGCGUUAGGUUUGUUUUUGUUUUCUCAUCGUAUGCGGGAAAAAACACAUUUUUCAUCUUUGAAAUUGAAUGUUCUGUUUUUUAAACAUUCGUUAUAACUCUUCAAUAAAACGGAAAAUAAAACCUUUAAGAUGUUUUUUUUCGUUUUAAAUUACCGUAUGCCAAAAGCAUAACAGGACUAACCAAGCUGACUAAUCAAGUUAAAUAACUUACAUUUUUUUAAAAUUAAUCCAACUAGCCCCGUAAUAUUUACAACACAUAUACAAGCCCAGUUAACUUAUUCAACUUUCAAACAAUCGAAGGUUUCCGUUUAUACUGUAGCAAAAAAUCGAGAAUCGCGUAUAGAGACGAACAAGAAACAAAAUAAUUAGAACACAAACACAAAAUGGAGAGGGAAUAAAAGAUGAGUGAAAUUUAAUUCAAGCAUAACUAAUUGUAAUGGCACGUUACAUAAGGAUGUUGUAGAAGGGUGUGACAUUCGGAACAAAAAAAAAUAAUCUAGUAUAGCAUCAAUUCGCUCCAGUACCGUUUAAAAUUUUAAAACAUAAAAAAAGCCAUAUAGUCCAACAUAUCUAGAGAAAAUUGAUCGAAAAAUAUAAACGAAACGCCAAAAAAAGAACAUGAAUCAAUUGUCAAAUGAAUACUUACAACACAUGUGUUAGCUAUGCAGGGUAAAGAAAGGAAACACUUUUGGGACUUACAAAGCAAAACAAAUUAUCACAAAAAAGUAAAUCCUGUUUAUCGUACGUACAUUCUGUCGCAUUUGAACAUGAACUCUUUCGAACAUUGUGCUCUAACAAAUCAGUGCCAAUUUUGUUUACUUAUGGGGAAAAAAGUGUAAUAAUAAUCAAUUCAAGUUAUAACAUUCUUAGCACUAGUAAUCGAUUCAUUGUUGCGCAACGUAGAAAGCAAAGUUUUUUUUUAAAUAUAUAUAACAAAACAAAAACCUCCAGGCACCAGACUGCGAACAGGCAAAAUGGGAUGUCGUAGUGUUUUUACGAUAGGAAACCAAAAAUCGAAAACGUCGUUUUGCACUAUUUAACCAUCUUAACCGCAUACGUAGGGUAGGCGUAAAGGACUUUUUGACAAAUUCGUUAUUCAAAUUGAUAGUAAACAACGUAAGCGUAACAAUGAGUGAAACUGAAACGGAACGCGCUCUGCCUACCGGCAAAAGUGAGUUGAAGCGUUCAAAAAACUGUUGCAAAAAAUAAUAGCAGUGUAGCGAUAAACCAAUCGGGUACACUGUAAGUAAUAAAAUGAACAAUACUAACCAUGAACAAAACAAAA